AUGCAGCAAGCUUGGGAUCGGACAAGUAGCACUAACAGGGUCAGGAGAGACCAUACAAAAAUGCUGGGAAAAGGACAAAGUGGCGGAUACCCCCCCGAGACAAGGAGUGAACUCUUGCAGAGCAUCAAUGCGGUGCCUGUGGUCAGCACUGAUAAGAAGAACCUCCAGAUAGGGGCAGGCGGAGUGCAUGCAGAGCCUCAGCAGCAGAACCAGCAGCUCUUCUUGACCCCAGCCAGCCUCCAGCUCGCUCAACUCCAGGCCCAGCUUACGCUCCAUCGCCUAAAACUGGUUCAGGGGGGCAAUACAGCCACUGCCGCCUCUGUUCUCAAUCAGGUUCUUUCCAAUGUCGCCAUGUCCCAACCACUGUUCAAUCAGCUACGGUCUUCAACUAUGGUUGGGAACCCUCAGGGUGCCUUCCCCACAGGGGUGCUAGGUUUUUCCUCUUCCAAUUCAGCGAUGGGGGCAUUGGGUGGCGGGGGAUUCAACCAACACUCAGGGAAUGUAAGACUGAACCAUACUGGUGGUGGGGGCACAGUAAGCCAACAGGGUGCGGAGUACGCUAAAACGUCAGGGUCUACUUACCCUUCUGAUACUGACAGGCGUGUUCAGUACAACUUUGUUGGGGGGACAUCUGCAGCCUCAGCCACUGCUGGUGAUGGACAGUACUCAGUGAUUAACACUCAGGCAAAAAACAUGAACAAUGUUGGUUUUCAGAGAGAUUUCUAUGGGCAUGAUAUGCUGGGGCAACAAGCUGGGUUUAGUGUCAAUGAGCAGAACAUGAAUGUUUAUAACUCCACUGGGCAGAAGGAGCAAUGGAAAGGCCCCGCUAACUUGAGUCACACUGGAAAGGUGGAUAUGGUAUCUAAUGCUGCCAAUAUGUGGACAGCAGCUGGGCAGCCAAUUCAGUCCAGAACGGAACUGUAUAACCCAGAGGAGCCAACUCCUGAAGCCAAGUACAAUCCCAUUAGUGGGGUUUCUUCUUUUACUACAAGUGGCACACAGGGGUUUGUGGGCUACCAGCACCAGCAUGGAAGUGAGGAAUGCCUAUCUUCAGGUACCAGGACACUUCAGCCUUACCAAGUCAAUGAUUACCAUGCCGUCACACCCACUCAACUGCCACACCAGUGUAGCAUCUGUGACAAGAAGGUCUACAACCUCAAGGACUGGGACCAGCACGUGAAGGGAAAACUACACCUGCAGAACCGAACCUUGUACACAAACGAAUGCUCCGCAGUGGUAUCAGCUGGAGCUGUUCACUACGCUGUCGGUAGGCCUUCUGAUGGAGGUCUGAUCUCCGGAGGGACAAACUCCAUGGUCUACUCCGCUGCAAGUCAAGAUGUGUCCGCAGGAGCCAAUGCAUCAUACUUGCCAGCUGCAGCCAUGAAGACUUAUCCCACCUCCUCAGACACAGGAUUUUCCUCACAUCAGCCAGAGUCAAAGGCCACAAUAGGGCGAGUCGUCCACAUCUGCAACCUCCCUGAAGGCAGCUGCACAGAGAAUGAUGUCAUCAACCUGGGAAUACCCUUUGGCAAAGUCACCAACUACAUCCUCAUGCGCUCUACCCAUCAGGCAUUUGUGGAGAUGGCGUAUGUGGAAGCUGCUCAGGCCAUGGUUCAAUACUACCAACUUACUCCAGCUAUGAUUAGCAAUCAGAAACUUCUCAUACGAAUGUCUAAGAGAUACAAGGAGCUGCAACUCAAGAAACCAGGUAAAGAUGUUCAGUUGAUCAUCCACGACAUCACCUCUCAUCGGGAAAGGGGUGAGAUGCAAGAACUUGAACACUACCUGCCAGAGAGAGCGCGCUCCCGCAGCCCCAUCAGCCGCUCUCUGAGUCCUCACUCUCACAGCCCCAGCUUUACAUCAUGCAGCUCAGCCCACAGCCCGCAGGGGGGACCAUGCAGGGGUCCUGAGAGAGGCAGCAAUGGCCUGGGCCCCCGCCGGGGCUCUUGGGAUCGGUCAUCACACUUAAGAAGGGGUGAAGACGAAAGGGAAAGGGACGACCCAUGGAGGAAUGGGGGCAGCGUGGAUGACGAUCGGCCUAAUGGACGCGCAGCCGAACGUCGGAAGGCUUACCAGAAACCCUUGGAUCAUAUCAGCUCAAGGUCUGCAGAUGAACGGGGUGGAGGUGGAGGGGAAGGGAUGAGGGGCAACAGAGACUGGCACACACGAGGCAGCCCGCAAGGCAUGUCUUUCAACUCUUUCAGGAACAUGGAGGACGACUUCUACACGAAGGAACAAAUGUACAAGUCAGACAAGCCGCCCAGACCUCCGUACCAAAGGCACGAUACAAAGCCAAAGAGGAGGGAUGGUGGCGACUACCAGAGUAGGUCGAGGCAUUCUGAGUUUGAGAUAACUGAGGAGCCACUUCGCAGAACACUAGAGGACAAGAGGCAGGGUUCACCAGACAGGGGCAGGAGCAAAAAGACAAGCAGGAGGCACACCGCUGCGGACAAACAUGAGAAAGAAAAUGCUACAGAAAAUACUGAUCGCCAGUCAAAAGAAAAAUCUGUUUCACCUCAGAUAAGCAAUAUGCCAAAAGAGUCUACUGAACGUAGUACAGAAAGGGACACUGUGAAGGAGUGGAAAAGUGGAGAAGACACUGAUGAAGAGUGUUGGUAUCCUAAGAACAUGGAGGAACUGGUCACUGUAGAUGAAGUGGGAGGAGAAGAUGAUUCCAUAAUUGAGCCCGACCUUCCUGAGCUGGAAGAGUUUGUAUCCUGCCCCCAACGGUCUGCAGAGGAAGAAGCAGCGGAGGAAGGUAUAUUACCACCUACCUCGUCCUCCUUGGAGACAUCUAGCAAAAAGUCUAACCAGGAAAAGUUCUGUGAGGAUGCUGGAGGCCUGGCAGAAACAUCUGUAAAUGAGAAACCAGGGAAUGUUUUAACUGCAAGCAGUCCUGAAGAGCAGACACUCAGUCCAGUGACUCGUGAGCUACCAGUCACUAACCUCAGUGACUUCCCCAGUGAGGAGUUCAAGGCUGCUCUGGAGGAGACAUGUUUAGAGGAUAAAGUAACCAAAAGUGGGCCAACAGAGGAGCCGAUGGAAAAUCACAUUUACGCAUUAUCAGAGGACAGCAAAACCCCAGACGUAGGACAGGUCAUCAAUAAUGGGGUUCAACACAAGGAUGGCAUUCUUAAAAAAGAGAUCGGGGCCUCCUCGCCAUCUCGAGAGCAAGACAAAGCUGUCGGUGAACACAACAUCCCUUUGGGAGUGGAGUUUAUUGUGCCGAGGACCGGCUUCUACUGUAAACUCUGCGGACUGUUCUAUAACAGUGAGGAGACUGCGAAGACCACUCACUGCCGCAGCACCGUACACUACAGGAACCUACAGAAAUACCUGUCCCAGCUGGCUGAGGAGAGCCUGUCGGGGGUACUUGCUGAACCCUCAGCUGCACAGUGACAUCAGCUCGAGCUCUCACGUCUUGUAAAGCGAACAGCAGAAGAAGGAUUCGUGUAUGUGUGCUGAUGGUGCAGGAUUGUGGAUAAUGUGACACAUGGAAGCUAGAGUAUGUGGACAAUUGCACUGGUUUUGAUAUUUUGGGAGAAGGAAUGUUUGAAAGUCUUCGAUGGCACUGGCAAUCCCAGCCAUAGAUGCUCUCUAUGUUGUACAUACCUGAGGUGUAAUGUAUAGUGAGGCUACAAUAUUUAAUUGCCAUUUUAUUGGUUUAUCAAUUUUCUUACACUUUAUUUUAUUGGAUUGUGUGUGAUAAAAUGUUUUUGUUAUUUUUUUGGAAUGGAAAUUCUUUUUGCAAAUGAUGUCUCAUUACUAAGAAGACACAUUUUUACAGUAUGGGUGUGUGUUCAGGCAAUUUUAUGAGUUUAAAUUAGCAACAAUGAUACAUUUACAUCUGUAAAAUGACUUGAAAUAUGUGCCAAGGAACGUUUUUACUCAGUUAAAAAACUGAGGCAGAUUCUCAGGUUUGUUGUAUAUGUUUAAUAGAUUUCAAUGUUUAGCUUAGUACACAACAUUACAUUUGUAUUUAUAUGUAAGGCUUUAAAGGCUCUUGCUGUUUUUCUUUCAUCUUGUGCCAGUUCGUGCACAACAAUAACUGUCUGUCUGUUAAAAAUGUAAAUCAUUUGGAUUGAUAAUGAUGCAACGAUGCAAAAUAUAUUUAUUUUCUUCAAGUUUUAUGUUGGACUGACUUAAUCAGACAAUCCCAGUCAUAUUCGCUGACAUAUGUAAUGCCUUAAAUAUUGAAGACCUUAAACUGGACCAUGUGUUUAAUUAAUCAGAGUUAAACAUACAAUGUUUCAUGUGACAGUGAUUUGUUCAUCAAGCCAGACUUUGUUUUUGUAUACUGUGAAUACUGAUCCUGUGACAUCAAUGAUAGUGUUGUUUUUCUUUGACAAACUUUUCAUAUGAUUUUUGAUGCAAAAAAACGUGAAUAAAUUGU